UUGGCAUGGAGAAGCGAACCGCGAAAACGUUGUAGACGUCUCUGAAUGCCUCUGACUGUGAGACCAAGCAAUUUUAACUUGAUUUAAAGAAACAGGGACACAUCAUGAGUAAAGCGGAAGACUCGACGCAUCGGGUUUUCUUACAGAGACAGAACAGUCUGCAAGAAGUUGCGAUGGGGCAACUCGAGCACCAUCGUCGGCGCCGUGCACGGUGGCUGACCGAUCAUCGAUCCGUGCGUCGUACAGGCUCGUUGCGAGAUUCGUUUCAGUGGAGACGUAGCCAGGAAAAUAGCUCGAGUGUACCGAAGGGUGCGGUCUCGGAGCUCGGCUUAUCAAACUGCCAUCUAGUGCUAUGGACAGGAGACGUUCAAAUCGGCACUCCGGGACAAACGUUUUCUGUUGUUUUUGAUACAGGCUCGUCCGACAUCUGGGUGCCGUCGUUGAAGUGCGAUGAUUUUUGCAGCGAAUACGAAGGUUGGCGCAAGUAUGAUGAGACCGCGUCCGAGACUUUUGCCGUCGCCCUCAAAGAUACCGACGACAACAUGUUUUUCUCACAAUAUGCUGAUGGCGAAUCUGUCGCCGGCGAGCACGCCAAAGACAUUUUUCGGAUUGGGACCUCAUUGGAGAUACCAGACCAAAUUUUUGCUCAAAUCAGUCGUUUCGAAAAUUACAAAUCUUGUGCUGGAGAGGAAGGCCUGUUUGGCCUGGGAUUCUCUGAAAUUUCUUCGCACAACUUCCCAACAGCUAUCUCAAAUUUGAAAGGAAUUUUAAAGAAUCCCGUCUUCAGUCUUUAUUUAGAUUCAUCGGAAGACGACUACCCUGUCGAAAGCUUGAUAGAUGAGCUCGAUGCUCUCAAAGGCGGCGACCCGCAACCCGUGAAGCAUGCUCUUUCGGCAAACUCUCAAAUAAUUUUUGGAGCUGUCGAUCACCAGCAUUAUGAAGGGUGCUUGCAUUGGCAUGAAUUGGGACAAUUCCAUGAUAACGAAGGUGAUAUAUUCAAAGGAUACUGGGACAUCAAAUUAGACCAUGUCCGUGUCCAGGGCGUCGAUCUGCCCAGUAGCGAAAUUGCAAUUGUAGACUCGGGUUCUACGUUUCUGGUUGGCCCUUCCGACGCCGUCAGCGCGAUAGCGAUUACAAAUGAGAUGGAUUGCUUCGAUCUCUCAAAUCCAGACGAACCGGAAUUUGUUGAUUGUGACUCCCCCGAAGGCUUUGAUGCUGCCGCGGCGGAUUGCGCCUUGCCCAUGUAUGAUCUGGAAUUCACGGUAGACGGCGUGACGCAUCGACUGACGAAAGAAGAUUUGCUUGUCGUAGUCGAGACUACACUGGGGCCGAUUUGUAUUCUACGCGUGAUGUCUGACCUGCAGCUCCGCGGUUGGAUUCUGGGGGACAUUUUUUUUAACCGGUACUACGCCGCAUUCGAUUUCGAAAUGAAUCGCGUAGGAUUCGCCCCGAGGGUUCAAAACGCACUGGGUCAGCCGUGUGAAGCUGACUGGCCUUUAGAUAUUCACAACAAAGGCCAAGGCUUACCCACACUCAAUCCGGCCACUGUCCUUUCAGAAACAUUGGCACCUGCAUUGGCGCCGAGCAUGUUGCCCUUGCAAAAUCAACCGUCACCAGAGGCUUUCGUGUCAAGCGAAUCAACUACAGUGUCUCCUACCGCAAAGGCCACAUCAUCGAUAUCUUCUGCAUGGUCGAGUAACGGUCCACUAGCGAUAGGACUAGGAUGUAUUGGUGCGACACUCGUGUUGGCUCUCCUCGUAAUUGUCCGUCGUCGGCGUCGCAGUCACGGAAGGUUUGAAGGACUGGCCGACCAUGAUUUGGAUUUGCAACAUGAGACGGAACUACCACCAAUAAUGUAGUGGCUCACAUCAGCCACGGAUAAUCACAUCUCAGUUAAGCUCACACCAGAUUGGUCAGCAUACAGAAGUGGCCUUCGAGAGUUUACAAACACAUGACCCUGUGGUACGACUAGUGGGUAGUAGUUAACAGGAUAGAGACCCGUCCGGCACAAUGAGCCUUUGCAUUU